AUGCUUCUGCGGAAGUAUCUACUCGUUACGGAAUCUCAGGUGUCAAAGUGUGGAUUUCAUAUAAGUAAAAAAAAAAAGGGACGUAGCUAUAUACCGAAACGUACGAAAUUUAGUAAAUAUCGUAAAGGCAGAUGUAGUAGGGGUUGCAAACCAGACGGAACAAAACUUGGUUUUGGAAGAUAUGGCACUCAAAGUUGUAGAGCUGGUCGUCUUUCAUAUCGAGCCAUUGAAGCAGCGCGUCGGGCUAUAAUCGGGCACUUCCAUCGUGCUAUGAGCGGACAAUUCCGAAAAAAUGGUAAGAUAUGGGUAAGAGUUUUCGCAGAUAUCCCUAUUACCGGGAAACCUACAGAAGUAAGAAUGGGAAGAGGAAAAGGAAAUCCUACGGGUUGGAUUGCUCGUGUGUCCGCGGGACAAGUCCUAUUUGAGAUGGAUGGUGUGAGUUUGUCAAAUGCUCGACAAGCCGCUACAUUAGCGGCGCAUAAACCAUGUUCGUCAACCAAGUUUCUUCAGUGGUCGUAA